GGGGAGGGGCGUGGUGACGUCCUUCCGGCGAGUGGCUGGGGGCUGUUGGCGCUGCUGUUGUGUUGGCCCCGGUAAGGGAGAGGAGGCUGGGAGCCGCCGGAGCCGGAGCCGCCGCCCCAGGAGCCGCAGGCGGGCGCGAACUUUACAGCUGGAACAAACCCUAAGGGUCAUCUGGCCAGCCCUUCACUUCACAGUGGGAGAAACUGAAGGCCAAAGGAGGUAGUAGUAAUAUUGUGUGCCAGGCUGGGCUAGUAGAUGGCAGGGCAGCAAGGGCCUGGACCCAGGGCUUCUGUAUCUCCCUCCCUCCUGCCAAGGCCUCACCUGCCCUUUUGGAGACUGUGAGCAUGCCUUCGUUUACUCACCCUUGUCCUCUUUUUAAGCUACAAUAAUGUCGUUCAUCUUUGAGUGGAUCUAUAAUGGCUUCAGCAGUGUCCUACAGUUUUUAGGACUCUACAAGAAAUCUGGAAAACUUGUGUUCUUGGGUUUGGACAAUGCAGGCAAAACAACCCUUUUGCACAUGCUCAAAGAUGACAGAUUGGGCCAACAUGUUCCAACACUACAUCCAACAUCUGAAGAGCUGACAAUUGCAGGAAUGACUUUUACAACCUUUGAUCUUGGUGGACAUGAGCAAGCACGCCGUGUUUGGAAAAACUAUUUACCAGCAAUUAAUGGGAUUGUCUUUCUGGUGGACUGUGCAGAUCAUCCUCGCCUCCUGGAAUCCAAAGUGGAACUCAAUGCACUAAUGACAGAUGAAACAAUAUCCAAUGUGCCAAUCCUUAUUUUGGGCAAUAAAAUUGACAGAUCAGAUGCAAUCAGCGAGGAAAGACUUCGUGAAAUAUUUGGGCUUUAUGGACAGACCACAGGAAAGGGAAACGUGCCCCUGAGGGAACUGAACGCUCGCCCCAUGGAGGUGUUCAUGUGCAGCGUGCUCAAGAGACAGGGCUACGGCGAGGGUUUCCGUUGGCUUUCCCAGUACAUUGACUGAUGUGGGGGCAGUGAAAAUAAAAGCCUUUUACUUCUCUGGA